AUGGUAUCUCUAUCUACGUAUUUGCUCGCCUUCGUUCUUCCCGCGUCACUUGCACUUGCAAAGCCGACAAGUUCCCCUGUAUGCAUCGUUGGUGCCGGCCCUGCGGGACUUGCUGCUGCGAAAGCGCUGGAAGACAAGGGGAAAGAUGUUGUCGUAUUCGAAAAGAAAGCAACCGUUGGUGGAAAAUGCCAAGCGAUCUACAAAGAUGGAUUCUUCCACCCCCUCGGCGCAGUCCUCUUUGAGAAAGCCGCCUACGUUGAGACCGUUAAGUUAAUUGAACAGACUGGUGUCCCAUACAGCAACCUCUCCUCUGGGGAGAGAUGGUAUUUUGACUGGAAGACGGGCACGGCAGCACAGGCACCACCGACGCCGCAAGAUGUCGCCACCGCAUUAGUGCUUGAAUAUCAGCAGUACACAGAGUUUUGGAAUACAGUCUACCGGCCUUCGAGCGUGAGUGGAUAUAAAAAUGGUGUUCCGCCGGAGCUCGCUGUACCUGGCGCCCAAUGGCUGGCGCAAAACGGGUAUCAAAUUCUCGGGCUCGCCAUGGUCGAUGCUUUUGUCACGUACGGAUACGGCGACUACAGAGAAGUUCCUGCGCUGUACGUCCUUGAGUUCUUCACGCCAAGUAUCCUGGCGUAUCUUCUAGGGUUGACUCCCGGUUAUAAGAUCGAUUUCCACAAGCUGUUUGCGGAAUUUUCCAAGUCUAUCAAAGCCCAAAUUCAUCUCAGCACCAACAUUAUCCUGAUUUCCCGCUGGCGGUCGCCUAUCAUCAUCUACCGGGAGGGUCAUAACUGGCUCCCUCGUAUCCAGACCUGCUCUGAUCUUAUCCUCGCCUUUCCGCCGACCGUUGAAGCCCUUGAAGGUGCUGGUCUCAUCCUCUCACGUGAGGAAGAAGACUUAUUCAGUGCCGUACGAGUAGUGAACUACUUUUCCUCUGCCGUGAAGAUGCGCCAACUUCCAGGCAACGUCUCAUUCUCCCCAUUGAAGACUGACCCGUUCACACCAGUGGCGCCCGAGGGCCAGCCCAUUUUUUUCACUGCUCUGCACCCCGGCUCGGGUGUAGCUAACGUGUGGUCGUGGGACGCGGACGAUGCCACGAAAGACAUAAGCAGGGUCCGGCGGCUACUCACCGAGACUCUGAGCAAGUAUAACAAAGACCCGAAAGACACAGCGCAAAAGCCCACCCCAGUGAGGGAUAAAGACGUGAUUGGCUUCAGCGCCGUGACAGACUACUUUCCACACGUGGGCCCCGCUGAGUUAGACGGAGGUUGGUAUGCUCGGUUUAAUGCCCUGAUGGGCACCUCUCAUACGUAUUAUGCCUCUGGGCUGAAUUCUUUUGAGACGGUCGAGUUCGCUCUCAGAGCCGGCCAGGACAUUGUCGAAUCUUACUUGUAA